UUUCCUAUAUUAAAUACAAGUGAACCUUUUUAUACCCCAACCCACCGCCUGACGAGUUGAGUUGCUUCCGCUUCUAUUCCAAACUCAGCGUCGGCAACCUUUUGGCCAGCCUCAGUAUCUCCAUUUCUCUGCUUGUUAGUCUGAAAAGCUUGAGCAUCAAUGGAUCCGCAGCCUGAACCUGUUACCUAUAUCUGUGGAGACUGUGGGCAAGAGAACACGUUGAAGCAUGGAGAUGUGAUACAAUGCCGGGAGUGUGGUUACCGCAUUCUUUACAAGAAGCGAACCCGAAGAAUUGUUCAGUAUGAAGCUCGCUAAAGGUGGAAUUCAGAGAAGGGAAGUGCAUAAUCACACAUGUUAAUGAGAAACAAUAUCAUAAGUGGUUAUGCUUUAUACAAGGUUGAUUGUAUUAAGUGUGAGGGUUUGAACUUUAUUUUCCAUCCAUGGUUGCCUUGGUCCUGAGUGAUGUCUAUUAAUUUAGAACUUCAAACAGUUCUUACUUUUAUGUUCUGUCUAGUUCUGUUUUUAGUGACUGCCUAAAGUGGUUUCAUUUUGUUAUGGUGGACUUAAAUCUUUGUUAAUGUGUUAGCUUCACCUUUUGGACCU